UUCACUUCUUCUUCCCCCAACACACAGUCUCUCUCCCUCUUUCUCUAAGACCCUCUCCCUCUCUUAGAGAGAGAAAGCCACCAAAAAUACAUAAACAUGUCGUUGGGUAAGCGACCUAGACACCCCAUGAAGCGAACCACCAGCAUGUCAGAGAUCACUUUUGACCUGACCACCAGCUCGGCCGCCGCCGCCACCACCACAGCCAAUACUGAAUCUGAAAUCCAAAAACAGGCAGAUGGGCCCAGAGCCCAUCACAGAAAGACCGCCUCUUCAAUUGGGUUCUUGGAGACUCCUUUCUUGCGGUCUUGCUCUCUCUGCCGGCGUCGCCUCGUCCCUGGUCGCGAUAUUUACAUGUACAGGGGUGAUAGUGCAUUUUGCAGUCUAGAGUGCAGGCAACAUCAAAUGAAUGAUGACGAGAGAAUAGAAAAGUGUUCAUUGGCUUCAAAAAAGGUAGCUGUGUCCACCACAGGAGCUGCACAGAUCUCCACCAAGGCUGCCGUUCAAUUUUAGAUUGAAGAAAUUACCAAGUCAUGCCCACUCAUACCAAACCAAACCAAAAACAAAAAGAAGAAGAAGAUAUGUAUGAUUACUAGUGUGUUAUAUCGGGUGUUAUCUUAUGUAGGUUUGAGUGAGAUCUUAUGCCAUAUCAUGAAGUCUUCUCUCUCGGUUUUUGGAAGAAAAUUUGCAUCUUCACUUUGUCUCUCUUCAUUACUAAUUACUGUUUAUGUUGAUUGAAGGAGAUCAUAUCUACAAGUGUACAAACUCCCCUUCUAUUAGUGCAUGAUUGAUUUUCUUGA